AACAAUGUUGUCAUUACAUCUAAGAGUAUUUAAGGAAAAUGAUUUGCUAAACAUGCAAUCUUACAACAUAAACUCAGGAGCUACCAGCAACAACGGCGCUUGUUUACCAGCUGCCCCUAAAACUGCUGCACCAGGAGUUCAGUUGUCUUACAACGUAACAAGUGUUGCCUUAGCAGCUUUGGAUACAGUUGUAGCUCUUCAUUUGGCUGAAACAGUUCAAUACGAGGAAUAAAUCUUUAGCAAAAACAAAAAAAAAAUUAAACAACUUUAAAACAAACAAAACAACAACAACAUUAUAACAUUAAAAGCAAAACUCUUGAAAAAAAACGUUAAGAAAAGCAGCAACACACUUUGUAGAAGAAGAAGAAUAAGCAGAAAAUUCAAUGUUCUAGCAAAAUUUAGCGUUAAAAACACAACAUUUUUACACACCAACAACAACAACUUAAAACCCCAGAGAAAUAUAAAAGUAAAACAUUAAGCAUACCACGUUUAUCCUUUAACAACAACAAAAGUCAGAGUGUUUUUCCAAUUGUUUUAAUUACAAAACCAAACAACAGUUUUCAAAAGUUUCUCUCUCUCUCUCUUCGCUAACAAAACCAAAACAAAGGAAAUAAUAGUAACUCGAUUAAUAAAACAAAUUCUUGUACUAAAGGGAAGGAAGACAAAGUUAAGCUUUUAAUUUUUUGGCAAAAUAACGGUAUGAAGUAUCCUCAACUAGUAUCGCCUCGAGCCGUGAACGCCAUCUCUGAUUGGUUAGUAUUACGUUUGGAGCAAUUAGGCGUUGAAUCACCACAGAUCUAUACAAGACUUCUACUAUCUCUCUUACAAUCGUCAGUUCAAGUAAACGAUCCAAUUGAAUUCAGCAACUUGGAAGCAUUUUUCGCCCAACGCAAGGGAGGUCACAAACGUUUUCAUUUACCUUCGGAUACAGAGACCUUGAAAAAACUUAAUGCUGUACAGUGUUUAAGAGAAAUUGUAUCUAAUGAACAGGAGACUGCUACCAUUGAACAACUAGUUGAUGAAUUGUGUGAAAAAUUAAAGGAUAUUGAAAAACAAACACAAAAUCUAAGUGAUGAAGAACGUUUUCUAAUUGAGACACAUCUCAAUACCGAUUCUCUAAUACAACAACAAACUCAAACAUCAACAACACAAGUGCAACAACAAGCCAACAGUAGCAGCAGCAAUAAUCAUCAUACACGUCAUCACCAACAAUCUCAUACUCAACAACAAAUAACACAAAUUUAUAAUAAUUCCAACAAUUCAACUUUAAAUUCGGAUAGUAAACGUCAUCAUCAACAUGUGGUUGCUGCAACAACAACAACAGCGGAUUCAUUAAAUGAUUUAGAUAACGAUCCGAAAAAACGUUAUUUUCGAGCCUUUCCGGCCCUGUCCAAGGAAAUGGAAGAUUCUUUUCGCAUCUGGCGUCGUAAUGCAAAAUCUUUAACUUGGCCCGUUGUAGGACGUUCUAUAGUAGUUGAUAGCAAUUCAAAUAAUAUAAAUAACAAUAAUAAUAAUACUUCUGCAUCAGCAUCAUUAUCUUCAAGUAGUGCUAGUUCUAUAAUAUCGUCUUCAAAUUUUGGUGCAAAUAAUAACAACAAUAAUAAUCGUAGUGUAUCAGCGGAUAAAAGUGUGGAAAAGAAAUUGAAAGGAGAACAAAAAGUGAGUGCAACUGUUGGAACAGCCGUAGAUAGUAGCGACGUACAACAACAACAACAUCAAGGAGCAGUAGCAGCAGCAGCAAGUGUUAAAAAGAAAUCUAAACGUCGUCGUAAUCAAGCUCUGUGCAAAGGUAAAACAAUACAAAAUAUACGCAAAGUAUCCGUUGGUACCAAUCCCAAUUCUAUUGGUGUUCAUAAAUAUCAUCACUAUACGCAUCAUCGUAAUUCCUCACCGGCUUGGGAUACCGAUUUUAAAGGUUGCUGGGAAAUGGGUCCCGAUUUGAUAAAAGAGUUUUUGAGUCGUCAAAACGCUGGUGGUGGUGGUGGCGCUAAUAAACGUAAUCGCAGUAAUUCCGAUAGCAUGGAUCAUGAAGAGCACAAUGUGCGUAAAAUUCUAAAUGAAAUACCCGCCAAGGAAGAGAAACCUUUAAUAAUGAAACCCUACAUUGAUUUAUCUUUCUGUUGUGAUGAUGAUGAUGACGCUGAGUAUGAUCAUGAUGAUGAGUGCCAACAUCAAUACACCGACGAAGGUGUAGAUUAUGUUGAUGAGGACUAUGAUGAUAAUACCUUGGCUUCUGUUUCUGAAUUGGCUAUGGAUAGUUUGAAUCCCAAUCCCAAACGUUUGUAUCAACGUGAAGGCCAAGGGCAAAAAUCUAAUCUCGAUCUAGAAACAGCUUUGGAGGAGACCAACGAUUUGGUGGAUCCUUUAGAUUUUCAACAAUUUAAGGCUAAAUUCAAUAGCAGUGUAGAGGCCUUGUGGAAAAAUGCUGAACCUACUCCCACCCUCAGCAGCCAGCCAACUAUAGACAAUACCGUUAAAGCUAACAAUCCUUUAGGAGGUGGCAUAUCUUCAGCCUUCUAUGCCACUUUGGCUCCUUUUAAAAAGGAUUUAUGGAAUUUCUGGUCCAAUUACCAGCAACAAAACUAUGAUCAUCAAUUGAAUAAUAAAUUAUCCUCAACGGCUUCAUCAUCAUCCAUGUUUACGAAUAACACACGUUUAGAUGAUAGUAGCGCUAGUUCUGGCGCUGGCGCCGAUAUUGCUAAUUCAAGCGAUUAUUUCUCCAUGCCCAGUAAUCUGGAUGAUUUUGAUAAGUCUGUGGGUGGUGUACGUGGCGCAGUUAUGCGUACAAAUGAAGCUGGUGCUUCUUUGGGUGCUUACACGCCCUCGAUUAAUGUUUUCUUGCAAAAUUCCAUCUGGUCAACUUCAGGUGAUUGUGUAGAUGCUAUUGGUACUAACUCUGUUGCAGCCGAUACCGAUGAAAGUUUUCUUUAUAAGGUGUGGCAUUCGAAUAAGAAAUUGAGUCAGCUGGAUGUGGGUAAUGCUGCAAAUGGUGAAAAGAUGUCCUCUUUACAGACCGACACUGAUGGUGGUAUUAGUGAUUUCAACAAAUCUAAAGACUCUUCAGUUUCACUGACAGUGAAUAAUCAAAAUUUAGGUGCUAAUCUACAAUUUCCUCCUUACCAAAGUCUAAAAUGGUCGGAAGGCAUCAAUGCUGGUCCUCCCUACAAUUGCCUACUCAACCAAGUCCAAGAAAUGGACUCUCUAAGGUCGGAUAACAAUAAUUUAUCCAGCUACAGCUCGGCUGCCAACAUUACUGGUGCUACAUGGGAAGCUCCCGCUUAUGGACAUAAUGCACAACCAGAUUUAAAGUCCUGGUGUGCUUCCAAUCCCAUGUCGCUCACUGAAAUGUAUGGUAAUGAUGUAUGCGAUAGCAUUGUCAAUCAAGAGCACGACGAGGAAGUCGCCGAUAUGGCUGUGGGACCGGCGGUAACAUUACCCAAUCAUUGUGCUAACACUAGUGGCUUUGUGGCCUAUAGUCGCAUUAAACAAUGCGGCCUAGUGCAGCCGCAAACGAAACCUUUGCAAAGUUCUAAUGCUACACGUUUGCCUAAGGAUUUCUUUAGAAGUGGUGAGGAAGAGAAUCUUUUAAAUUCUGAGCGUACACAUUUCCAUCCCAUAGAGAAUUUUGUUGAUGGUCAUACUUUCGAUAUAAGCAAUGCUCUAGACACUGUAGAAUUUGAACGUACCAGCAGUGGUUUAUUGCGUUAUGAUUCCGAAGAAUACUUAGAAUACACACGUAAUGAUAUAUAUAUGGCAGAUGAAGAAGUGGCUACUUCUAAUACUAAUCUAUUGAAAUAUGGUAGAAAAUCUAAGGAGGAGAAUAAAAACGAUAACUUUAUUAUUAAAUUUCGGGUAAAACGUUCUGGUGAAAUAGCCUGCCAGACGGAGGAACAAGAUUUUCAAUUGGCGGCCGCCAAAAUGGUGGAAUUACCCACAGCAUUCCCUGCACCACAGGUAGAGGUAACUAAUAUGUUUAAUAAUACAUUUUCUUUGAGUCGCCAGGCUAACAAUGAAGCCAUUAUGGCCGCUGUUACUAAAGCUGUGGCAGCAGCCGCCAAAGCGGCAGCCGAAAAUCAUUUAAAUGCCGGUCAUUUCAAUUGGACCCCUGGACACAAUAUGCAUAAUAUAGCAACUGUUAAUAGUGGUAAUAGUAUGGAAAAUAAUCCUAUAUGGAUGUCCGACAAUGCCAUUUGUGAUGAAGUAGAUUUUUGUGCCGCCAGAGCGCAACAACAACAGCCACAAUUGGCUCAAAAUUGGUCUAUGCAAGAGGUAGAAAAACAAUGCCACCAAAGACGUUGUAUGCCGCAAGAGCAACAACAACUAUUAGAGCAACAACAGCAGCUAGAUAUUAAAAGGAAAUUUCCCUCUAAUGUGGAAAUGGAAAGAAAUGAAGAAAACUCUUUGGACAACAAUUCCCUGCAUACUUUGUGGGGCAUGUGUGCUGUUUGCAAUAGCUGUGAAUAUGGCAAAUCUUUGCCAGCUAAUCGCUUACUAAGAGAUGAACUACAAUUAGAAGCUGAUGAAAUCAUGAGUGAUUUACGUUAUAUGCAAGAUUUAUAUAUAGGCGAAACUACAGAUAUUUUAACAGACACUGUAGCUGGAGAAAAUGAAGAUAAAAUGUUUAAUAAUAUCCAUAACAAGGAAACGGCUAUGGAUACUAUGAAAAAUCCCUGGAAUUGUGAUGUAAAAGAAAGUGUGGUAACAGAUCCAAUGCAAGUUUCCAUGUUGCAAAAAGUUAAUCAAUUAAUAGAGGAUUUACUAAAGCCAGAUAAUAAUGGAAAAUUAACACAAGAAACUGAAGAAUAUAAAGAAAUUCUCAAACAAACUGAAAUGCUUAACAAUUGGAACUUAACAGCUGCCGUAGAGGAAACAAAUACAAAAAAUCUUUGGCAAUUUAAUGACAAAGAAGAAGAUAAUAACAUUUGGCAACAUAAACCCCUAAAGGACAACUAUGAAGGUCCUAGGGAAAAGGAGGGAAAUGCAACAACUACAAACUUUAUGAAACCCAUGAAAUUGCUAAAACAAGUGGGUGGCUCUUUAAGUGCGGAUACACAAUAUAUGGAAACUUUAAAUUGGGAACAUGAUAAUUUGGCUAAAAUAUGGCAACAAACUACUGCAACUACUACUAGUAAUAUAACCUCUAAUACACAACUAGAGGAGGAAAUGUUUAUUAGAAAUAAACAAAAUGAAAUGGCAAAUAAUAUUAUUAAGAAACAAUUGCCACAAAAUAAAGAUAAAGAAGAAGAAACAGAAACAGAAGAAAACAAGGAAACAGCAGCAGCUAAAGAAGAAGAAGAAACCUUAAAGGGUACACAAAAGUUGGUAGAAGAAAAAAAUCUAAAAAAUUUACAGAAUAUAAGCGCACUAACGCCACCCUCUACUUUGCCGGGUAAUAGCUAUAAAAGAAUGCAAAAUUUUUUAAAUAACUCAGCGGCCAAAUUGAAAUUAGCCGCCAAUCGCAAAAGAAGACAUUCAGCUUCACAAAAUUUCUAUCAGCAGCAGCAACAACAACAGCAAUUGCACUACAGCAACCAUAAUAAUAACAACAACAAUAUUCAAAAUAACAACAACAACAAUAAUAAUAAUGAUAACAUAACCGAUUUGAAUGCUUAUAAACAAAAACUAAACGAAACACUCAAAGCAGCUGCUAAGGAACAGCAGCAACAGCAACAGCUGCAAGAAGUUACACCCUAUAACAGCAUUACAAACUUAGAAGAACAGCCUACCAAACAGACCAUAAUCACCUGUAAAUAUUGGACCACAGCCACUAAUGGCACACAAUCCUCUUUGGAUUCUGCAGCAGCAGCUAUGAUGCUUUUGGCCGCCGCCACCAAUGCCAAUGAUAUAAUACCAGCCCAUAACUAUGAACAACACCACAAUGAAGAUGUUAUGCUAGAAGAGAAUAUAUUUGGUAAUACUUUUUCUUGUCUUAUCGAUAAAAAUGCCUCCAUUUUGAAACAUGUGACCAUGAUGACACGACCUCUAACACGUUGAAAACAUAACACCAUACAACACUUUACACACUCAUGAUAUAAACAAAAUAUGAAAAAAAAAAUUAAAAAAAAAUACAAAAAAAAAAAUUAAAAAUUUAAAAAAAAAAGAUGAUCU